CCCCUCCUCGGCUGUGCCUUCGAGAGAUCGUCGGCAAAUAAUAAGUCAACAAGGCCCCGUCUUCCCUUCUUCCUUCUUCUCUCCUCCGUCUCUUCUUCUUCGUCUCUUGUUCUGACCAUGAGCGCUCCUAACGACGACCCCAUGGCCCUGCCCACCUCCAUCGAGGGCACGUCUACAUCCCCCACCGAGAAAGUCCCCACAAACAGCGAUGCCUCCACCUUCGACACUGACCUGAAGCCCGUUACAAACGCCUCCUCGGACGACGUCGACCUCGAGAAGCAGGACCCCGACGACACCGGCUUCCACCGUCUCGAGCUCGCCCGCAUCCGGUCUGGCGCAAGCGACCUCGUCGCCGAGUCCGAGUCUGAAGUUCGAGCCAUGUCUCGCGUCGAGUCCCAUGACCCAAACGUCGUGGGCUGGGACGGGCCCGACGAUCCCGCCAACCCCUUCAACUUUUCCAACAGAAGAAAAUGGUGCAUCACCAUGAUCGCCGCCAUGGUUACCUUCUGCGUCGCCUUCGCGUCCUCCGUCUUCACCGCCGGUAUCGCUGAUAUCGCCGCAGACUUUGGUGUUAGCACCACCGUCGCCACCCUAGGUCUUACUGUAUAUAUCCUCGGCUUUGCCUUUGGACCUAUGGUCUUCGCUCCCAUCUCUGAAGUCUACGGCAGAAACGUCGUCUACCUCUCCACUUGGUUCUUCUUCACCGUCUUCCAGAUCCCUUGCGCUCUGUCAAAGAACAUCGCUACUCUUCUUGUAUCUCGUGCCAUCGCUGGUAUCGCUGGCUCGUCACCUCUCAGUAACGCCGGUGCCACGCUCGGCGACAUCUGGAGUCCCGCUGAGCGAGGAGAUGCCAUGUCUUUCUACACUAUCGCCCCCUUUGCAGGUCCCGUCGUCGGUCCCAUCAUCGGCGGCUAUCUUUCCGAGUUUGUUACCUGGCGCUGGACUUUCUGGCUCGCCUUGAUCUUUGCCGGAGUCAUGGCCUUCUUCCUGGUCUUCUUCAUGCCCGAGACGUACUCAAAGACGCUCUUGGAGAAAAAGGCUGCUCGGCUGAGAAAAGAGACUGGCAAUAUGGAUCUCAGAGCUGCCCACGAGCGACAGUCGGUUUCGCACGCGGACCUUCUCAAGAAAAGUCUUGUUCGUCCCGUCAUUCUCUUAUUCACCGAGCCAAUUGUCUUCCUGAUUGCUCUCUACUGCUCUUUGAUCUACGCAAUCUUGUACAUGAACUUUGUUGCCUACCCCAUUAUUUUCCAACAGGAGAGAGGCUGGGGUGCCGGAAAGGGAGGUCUUCCUUUCAUUGCUCUCGGCAUCGGUAUGGUCGGCGGUAUCAUGACUUCUCCCGCCCAGACGAAGCUGUACAUCAAGAUCAGCAAGGAGAAGGGAAACGGAAAGAUCUACCCGGAAGCGCGUCUGCCUUACGCUAUCUUUGCCGCUUUCUUACUUCCCAUUGGCGUCUUCUGGUUAGGAUGGGGAUCAUUGGCUAGUUCAAAGGCGUGGAUCGUGCCCGUUCUUAGCGGCAUCCCGUUCGGCUUUGGCCUCGUGACUGUCUUCUUGAGCAUGUUUUCAUACCUCGUCGACACCUAUCUGAUAUACGCUGCCUCCGCCCUUGCCGCCAAUUCUCUCCUGCGUUCGAUCCUCGGUGCUACGUUCCCCUUGUUCGCCGACAAGAUGUACGAGAAGCUGACUCCAAAGUGGGCGUGCACGUUGAUCGGAUGCUUGGCACUGGUGGGUGCUCCUAUUCCGUUCCUGUUCUACAAAUACGGGCCUAGUAUCAGAUCUCACUCCAGAAUCUUGUCGUGAGCUAUUCUUUGCUUUUCAUAUCCUGCUUUCGUUUGGUUAUUGGUGAUACAUGGUAGGGUGAUACAUCAUAAUUUUAAUCAUUUAAUUGGUGGCUAGUUGUUGUCGCAAAGAGCAC